AUGGAUUCCUCAAAGACAAUCACAGAGAUAAAGUCGUCAUUUGUCAGAAACCAAAUUCGCAUCCUAUCUGUUGCUCUCACACCGUCGGAGGACUGGCACGACUAUGGUCCUGCUUCUGAAGAUAACAUCCCCGAUAAAAUAGUGGAAGAUGUACUGCAGAAAUUCUUCUCGUCACAAGCUAUCCACCAUGUCGCCCGUCAAAUCGAAAAUCUGUAUUGGAAUUCAGUUGAUCCAGAGACUGGCGGCGAGCUGUCGCAAGGCCUUGUCAUAGAAAAGGGCACUGAUUUGUCGAAUUCAAUGAGUAUCGCUCGACUCCCAGAGCAAUGGAGUUAUGAUGGAAAUGACGAUGUUGGCGAGGACGAUAAAGUCAGGUUCGAGAGUACUAUCCGCUCCAGCAUUCAUAACCAACAUAUUAUUCCUAACUGGGUCUUUGACAGAUACGAACAAUUACGGCUGCGCCUAUUAGAACUCGACAAACAACGCAAAAAGCAGCAAGAGCGGCUUACGCAGUAUAGGCUGCUUAGAGAACUCUUGGAGCCGUUCAAGGACCCGCAAAUGAACAUCCAGCCAAACUUAGUUACUAGGGAUAGUCCGCUGGGCCAGGAGAUUGACCGAAUGAGAAUGCUAGUUGCGAAGGUUACGAGCCGGGUUGGUAGGGGUGGUAGGAAUGUUGAACUUGAAGGGGCUUCCCAGUCGAUCAAUGAUCAUGAUGCGAAGCUUUCAGCGGUGUUGGAUAUGACUUAA